AAAACACACAAGAAAGUCAUCUCACGCUAUAUUUGUUCCAUACAUUUUAGAAAAAUGUUUCAUAAGGUUGCUAUUGAAACCUUGGUUCUCCUACUUCUCAUCAAUUACUUGACACAAAUCGAUGUUUCCUCCGCACAAUACUCUCAGUAUCCUCAGUCCCAUGAAUAUCCUGACAGCUACCUUAGACCCCACAACGCAGCCCGAGCCGCGGUCAAAGUCAAGCCUCUAAGAUGGGAUUUCGGUAUAGCCACUGUGGCUCAGGACUACGCAAACCAUCUAGCCUCAGGUCCAUGCAGUCUUGAACAUUCCUCUGGACCAUAUGGAGAGAAUCUUGCAUUUGGCAGUGGAGACAUGUCGGCCGCUCAGGCGGUUGCGAUGUGGGUACAUGAGAAGUCGUACUAUGAUUUUUACUCAAACUCGUGCCAUGGUCCGGCUUGUGGACACUACACGCAGGUCGUGUGGCGUGGCUCAGCUCGUCUCGGUUGUGGUAAGGCUAAGUGUAAUAAUGGUGCCAGUAUUGUUGUGUGUAACUAUGACCCCGCAGGCAAUUACAUUGGAGCUAGACCAUAUUGAUUUCAAAUUCAAUUGAUGAAUGUGUGUAAAGAUUGUGG